GACCACCGUUCAAUUUUUGCAAAGUUGCAGCAGAAGGGCGUUUUAAGAGUGUCGAAAACCAACGAAAUCGUGAAUCUAUAUUUGUUUUAAAGCGUUAAUGAUCUGAAGAAAUGUGAACAAAGAACUGCCACAAUGUCCCUCCUCACCCUUAUAUCAAGCACUCGGUGUUCAAGUAUACGCCUUGUUCCAACCAGAGCAUGGAAAGCGUGUAUAUCCUCCAAGACUUUUCAGCACCUUCCAUCGCAGUCGUACAAAACUCUUUCACGGAUAUCGAUAAUCUGUGCUCCAACCAAGCCAGUUUAUGAUGGGUUCAUUCUUGGCUGCAGAAACUGCAGAUUGUUCCGAUUGAGCCAAGGCAGUCGAGCUGGAGAAGCAGUGAAUGGUAAAAAGAUUGACCCUGUGAAGUUGGGGACGAAACGGCCGGUGCCGAAGAAGUCGGAUAUGGCCCGGCUGUUAAGGUUAGCAAAACCUGAGAAAUGGAGAUUAUCAGGUGCUAUAGCCUUCCUCCUCAUCUCCAGUACCGUAUCCAUGGCGAUUCCAUUCUGCAUGGGGAAGGUGAUUGACAUUAUCUACACAUCAGCCAAAGGUGGCCAGCUGAAGGAAAAACUAAGCAACAUCUGUAAAAUUCUAUUGGGGGUCUUCCUGAUUGGUGGAGUGGCUAAUUUUGGGCGAGUCUACUUAAUUUCUGUCUCUGGGCAGAGAAUAGUCAAGACACUGAGAGAGAAGUUAUUCUCAUCAAUAGUCAAACAGGACAUUGCGUUCUUCGAUAAGAAUAAAACUGGUGAAUUGAUCAACCGGCUAUCGGCAGAUACGACGCUGGUCGGUGCGUCCAUCACACAGAAUAUUUCAGAUGGUUUGCGGUCGACAGCUCAAGCCAUUGGUGGUAUCGGCAUGAUGUUCUUUGUGUCACCGAAGCUCACUCUGGUUGCCCUGGGUAUUGUGCCACCAAUUGCUGUCGUCUCUAUCAUCUAUGGAAGAUUUCUAAAGAAGAUUACAAAAAAUCUACAAGAUUCCUUGGCGAAUGCUACUCAGGUGGCCGAGGAAAGGCUCAGUAACAUUAGAACUGUGCGAGCUUUUUCACAGGACAACAACGAAUUGGGCGCUUAUCAAAAGAAAAUUCUCAACGUUCUCCAGAUAUCGAUGAAGGAAUCCUUUGCCAAAGCAGUAUUCUGGGCAUCUACUGGUUUGUCUGGGAACAUUGUGGUCUUGUCCGUGUUCUACUAUGGAGGUUUGAUGAUGCAAGAUUCUAUGAUCACGGUAGGAGAGCUGUCAGCUUUUCUGUUGUAUGCUGCUUACAUUGGGAUAUCAAUGGGAGGUUUGACUUCAUUCUACACUGAACUGAUGAAGGGUCUGGGAGCAAGCAGUCGACUGUGGCAACUUGUGGACAGAAAACCAGCUAUACCAAUCAGUGGUGGUCUUAUCCCCUCAGACCCUCUCCUUGGCAACGUAGAGUUCCGUGACGUCCAUUUCAAAUACCCAACCAGAGAAGACAACCCCAUCUUCGACGGUUUGAAUUUGUCCAUCCCAGCUGGCCAGAUUACUGCAGUGGUUGGCCCAAGUGGUUCUGGUAAAUCAACAUUAGCCGCCCUUCUACUCCGGUUUUAUGAUCCAAACAAAGGUGAUAUUUGUUUUGAUGGCCAGCCUCUGCAGACAUUGGAUCCGUCAUGGGUUAGAAGUCACACAGGCACAGUCAGUCAGGAACCUGUGUUGUUUUCUUCAUCUGUUGCUGAGAACAUUGCGUAUGGUGCGAGUGAUGUGAGCAAGGUUACUCAUGAGCAGAUUGUGGAAGCAGCCAAGAAAGCAAACGCGUAUAACUUUGUGUCUGGAUUUGAAAAGGGUUUCGAUACGUUGGUUGGAGAGAGGGGUCUGAUGCUGUCAGGUGGUCAGAGGCAGAGAAUCGCCAUUGCCAGGGCCAUUAUCGGUAAUCCAAAGAUUCUUCUUCUUGACGAGGCCACAAGUGCAUUAGACGCAGAGAGUGAGUUUCUGGUGCAGGAAGCUUUGGAACGACUCAUGGUUGGACGGACUGUCCUGACCAUCGCCCAUCGCCUCUCCACGAUUAAAAAUGCAAAUCAAAUAGCUGUGAUGGACAAAGGUAAGAUUGUCGAAGCGGGCAGUUACAACAGUCUGAUGGACAUUGAAAAUGGACUAUUUAGGAAGCUUGUUGAGAGACAAACCAUCUUUGGAAAUGGCAAUUCGUGAUAUUCUGACUGGUUUUCUAUUCUGUUGCUAUGCUUGCACUCCUAUUGGCAUGGAAUCAGGUAUAUGCCACAUAGUCCUGGGUGAAUCUAAGUUGGUCCUUUCCAGUGAUAUGUACACUUUAUCUUACUGUAGCGUCUUUGGUGCUGGGGGGAAAAAAGUUUUAUUGUUUCCUAACAGAUGAUUUAAGCUGGUAUGAAUGAACCAAGCUUCUCCCAGGGCUUGAAUGUCUGCUGUUGCAUUUUCAUUACCCAUCAGUUAGCAGGGCAUGCGGCUUUGUAACUAUCCAGAUAAAUACAAUAAGUGAGGUUUCCCUCUCCUGUUCUGAGAACCAAUUCACCGAGAAUGACAACUUUUUGUGUAUGACGUCAUCAGUUUUAGACAGGUCUUCACGUUCUCGAAAGCGGAUACCAUGAAUCAGACCAUGGAACCAGGUGGCUCCUUAAUUUGGAACAGAUAAUGGCAAAUUUUAUGGAACACUCGGGCAUUCACAUUAAGUUGAAAACCAUGAAAAACUGUCUAUCACUGCUGGAUUUCGGUUGGGAAUGCGAAACCCUUUUCCACAUAUUCAAUAACAGAAAGCCAUUCUCAUUGAAUUGGUCUGGGAGCAGGAGAGUGAAAACUCACUAAUAUCAAUAAUAUAAAUACAAGUUUGGUAGUGUUGACUAUUUUUACAUCAAGUAGAUUUCUAAAAGUA